UUGAGAUGUUAUUACUCAGCAUGAGAUGUUACCGCGUGUUUUGAUCAUUGUUAGCUCUAUGGCCGACGUACAAAUAUUUACAUUCAAAUAGAAAAUUAUGUGUCUUCUUUCGUUCUCUUUUAUACUUUUCGACAGAAAGGUUCUUGUAUCAGUUACACGCGUCCAGUCACUUCGAACGGACACAAUGUCACUAAGUAAUAUAACUAAAAAGAACGUGCGGGAAUAUUAUACAUUAAAGACGAAUUCUAAAGCACAAUGUAACUUUUGCAAAAAAAAAUAUAUUUAUGUAAAAAAUGAUACCUCAAAAAAACAUAUAAAUAGACAUCAUAAAGAAAUUAAAAAAUACGAAGAAGAAAGAAAACGAAUAAAAUGGCCAUGGAUGUAUUUCAAGUAUCUAAACGAAUCAUAUUCGCAGUGUAUUAUCUGUGGUGCAAACGUUCCGUCUAUAUCUGUGGAAUCUAAAUCUGUGGAAAAGCAUUUAAAAGAUUUUCAUUCUAAAGAAGAACAAGAAAAUCAUACACCUAGUAAUUGGCUAUCGAAAUAUACUACAAGAAUUGAUGAAUUGUUGAUGGAGUGUAAUAUUUGUUACAAAAAAUUAUCGAUUUCUAUUCAGAAUGUUCAGCUCACUAAUCAUAUAAUAAAAACACAUUCGGACAAAUUAAAAAUUACGCAAGAAACAUACGACACAGCAGGUUCAGAAAGCGUCUCGUCACUUCGAAUGAACACAACGUCUAUGUCACUAAAUAUAACAUCUAAACAGUAUCUGGAGAAAUAUUAUCUAAAACUAUCGAAUUUUAAAGCAAAGUGCAUAAUUUGCAAAAAUAAAUAUGAUUAUAUAAAAGAUACAAACUUUGAAAAUCAUAUAGCAGCACGUCAUGAAGAAAUUUCAAAAUACGAAUACGAGAGAAAACAAAAAAAAUGGCCCUGGAUGUAUUUCACGUAUCUAAACAAAUUAUGUUCUAAAUGUAUUAUCUGUAAUGCAAAAGUUCUUUCUACAUUUGCGGAAAAGCAUUUAAAACAGCACACUAAAGAAGAACGAAAAAAUCAUAAACUUAACAGGUGGAUACAAAAAUAUUGUAUACAAAAAAAUGAUGUGGUGGAGUGUAAUAUUUGCCACGAUAACGUAACUCUUUCUGUUAGCUCUAAUCUAUAUCAUCAUAUAAAUAAUAAACAUUCGGAGAAAUUGAAAAAUACGCAAGGUGCAUACGACACAGUUGGUUCGUCAGAACGUGUUUCAUCACUUGAAAAGGACACAAUGUCACUAAAAGAUUGUUAACGAAAAGUUCGCCUUAUGAUCUUUACAUAUAAAAAAAUGCACCAAAAAAUGUUUAAUCAUAAAAAAAAUACCAAAGACAAAGAAUAAAUUUUAUAGUUUUGUAUAUUCAUUGACGUGAAAUGCACUAUUUAUGAAUUCGCUAUGGAAAUACAUGGACCAAAAGUGAAGAUUUCGAAGUAGAGCGUAAUAUUUGUCACAGAAAUAUAUCUGUUAAAGAAAAUUCAUUUCAAUCACUACAUAAAGACGAACACCAUUUGGCUAACCAACUAAAUUGAAUAAAAAUAAUAGCAAGAUUUAUCCAGAAGCUGACAAUGGAAAUGAUGGUAACGGCAUCAAAGUAGCAUCACAACCAGCAAUAAUAGUAACCUUGAUUCGGACGAUUUUAAUUUAUUAAAAGAUAUGCAAGAAAAAUGCCAUAUAUAGCUCUAAC